CGUGUCGUCCCCCCGGUCCCCCAGCUAUAAAUCGCGGCCCCACACGCACGCCACUUUGCAGUUAUUAUCGCGAUCGCAGAUCGAACGAACACACAGAGCUAUCAGCAUUCAACACUCAUCAACAGCCAACAGCUAGCGAGAGAGAGAGAGAGAGAGAGAGAGUACAGACGAGAGGGGGACAGACAGACAGAGACGAUGAAGGUCGACGUGGUGGGGACGACGCUGGUGGCGCCGAGCGAGGACACGCCGCGCCGGGAGCUGUGGCUGUCCAACCUGGACCUGGCCGUGCCCAAGACGCACACGCCGCUCGUGUACUACUACCCGGCGCCGGCGCCGGCGGCCGCCACGGGCACGGACGACGGAGGAGACCGGGCGGCCUUCUUCGCGCCGGAGCGGCUGGAGGCGGCGCUGGCCAGGGCGCUGGUGCCGUUCUACCCGCUGGCGGGGAGGCUGGGCGUCGGCGUGGGCGAGGGCGGACGCCUGCGCAUCGACUGCAACGCCCAGGGCGCGCUCUUCGUCGUCGCCAGGGCCGACUUCGCCGGCGAGGACGUGUUCGGCGACACCGACGGCGGCUACGAGCCGUCGCCGGAGGUCAGGCGGAUGUUCGUGCCGUUCGUGCCGUCCGGCGACCCGCCCUGCGUCAUGUCCAUGUUCCAGGUGACGUUCCUCAAGUGCGGCGGCGUGGUGCUAGGCACGGGCAUCCACCACGUGACCAUGGACGGCAUGGGCGCGUUCCACUUCAUGCAGACCUGGACCGGCGUGGCGCGGGGCCUCGACGUCGCCGAGGCGUGCGGCCCGCUGCCGCCGUUCCACGACCGGACGCUCCUCCGCGCGCGCUCCCCGCCGACGCCGGCCUUCGACCACCCGGUCUACUCGCCGUCCCUGCUCAACGGCCGGCCCCGCCCCUUCGUCACCCGCGUGUACGCCGUCUCGCCGAAGCUCCUCGCCGACGUCAAGUCCCGCUGCGCGCCGGGCGUGUCCACCUACUGCGCCGUCACCGCGCACCUGUGGCGCUGCAUGUGCGUGGCGCGCGGGCUGGCGCCGUGCUCCGACACGCGGCUCCGCGUCCCGGCCAACGUCCGCCACCGCCUCCGCCCGGCGCUCCCGCGGAGCUACUUCGGCAACGCCAUCGUGCGCGACCUCGUCGUCGCCCGGGUGGAGGACGUCCUGGACCGCCCGCUCGGGUUCGUGGCGCAGGCCAUCAAGGACGCCGUGGACCGCGUCGACGACGCCUACGUGCGCUCCGUGGUGGACUACCUGGAGGUGGAGUCGGAGAAGGGCAGCCAGGCGGCGCGCGGGCAGCUCAUGCCGGAGUCCGACCUGUGGGUGGUCAGCUGGCUCGGGAUGCCCAUGUACGACGCCGACUUCGGCUGGGGCACGCCGCGGUUCGUCGCGCCGGCGCAGAUGUUCGGCAGCGGCACGGCGUACGUGACGCAGCGCGCCAACAAGGACGACGGCAUCGCCGUGCUCUUUGGGCUGGAGCCCCAGUAUCUGCAGUGCUUCGAGAAGGUGUUCUAUGGGGAGUGAGUCGUGAGAUUACUACACUUGACUAAUGACUAGUGCCAUCCGCGUUUCACCGUGAGCACCGACCACCGAGUGUGGUGGUUACAGUAGCUGAGCCUGAUGCUCUGGAUGUGUGCUGUGUGCAUAUAAAAAAAAAAUCGCUCCGAUUUCUGUGUCA